AUGUCAGGAGCCAAACUUGACAUACGGAUAGACGUUAUCAAGGACCCCGACAUCGUGGAAGCAUCCGAAUCAAUGAUAGAAAAUCUUGAUCCCGUCCUGCUAGACGGCAACGAUAGCACAAAAAAGGUUUAUAUCGGGCACAACCUAUCGAAACUAGGUCGACUGACCAAAUGGGCCAUAGAACUGAGCGAGCACGAUAUAACAUAUAAACAGCGAAUCGUAAAAAAGUCGCAAGUGCUCGCCGACUUUGUCGCCGAUUUCAGCGUAGAGAUAAUGCCAGAAGUCGAGCAAGAAGCUCUUUGCACUUCAUCUGAACGAUCCGACCUCUGGGUCCUCUGCACCGAUGGCGCGUCCAACGCGUCGGGAUCAGGAUUGGGACUCGUACUCGAAGUCCCGACAGGCGAAGUAAUUCAUCAAUCUGUACGAUGCCCUAAAAUGACUAACAAUGAGGCCGAGUAUGAGGCCGUAAUUGCAGGAUUGAAAUUAGCCCUCAAGUAUGGUGCUCGGCGGGUCAUCCUCCGCUGCGACUCUCAACUCUUUGUGAAUCAAGUUACUGGAACUUUCCAAAUUAAGGACCAAAGGUUGCAGAAAUACCAGACCAAAAUCCACAAACUGCUGCCAGAAUUCGACGAAUGUCGAUUCAACCAAAUACCCCGAGCACAAAACAUUGAAGCAGACGGUAUCGCCAAGCUGGCAGCAACAACUAAAAACAUCACCAAGGAGAACGUG